UGAAGUUUCAUCAUCACGCUGAUGCAGCAUGCACGAAUGAUAAAUAUUGUCUAAGACGAAGUCUGUUCACAGAGAGAGGUAGGAAACUAGGAUUCCUGCAGUUACCGUAAUAUUAGGUAAAUGGCAGAGCCUAACGCUGUGUCACAGCUUGCCGAUAUGGAGCUGAACGAUGGGACAGGAGACCAGUUGAGCAAGGAUACCAGCGUUGCUGAUGAUGACCGGGUGGAUCCGUGGACCGUAGUGGCAUCGUCAGAGAAAGGCAUCGAUUACGACAAGCUCAUCAAAAGGUUUGGAAGCUCCAAGAUUGACCAAGCAUUGCUGGAUAGAUUUGAGAAGGUCACAGGUCACAAGCCUCACCACCUGAUGAAACGAGGCGUGUUCUUCUCUCAGAGGGAAGUACACAGGAUACUAGACCGGUAUGAAGCCAAGAAGCCGUUCUUUCUCUACACGGGCCGUGGGCCAUCCAGUGGCUCCAUGCACGUGGGACAUCUCAUACCAUUUGUCUUCACAAAAUGGUUGCAGGAGGUAUUUGACGUACCCCUCGUCAUCCAGCUGACAGAUGAUGAGAAGUUUCUGUGGAAGGACCUGAAGGCGGAGGAGGCUUUGAGGCUAGCCAAGGAGAACGCUAAAGAAAUCAUCUCACUAGGGUUUGACUCGGAGAAGACCUUCAUAUUCUCCAAUAUGGAAUACAUAGGUUCAUCCCCACCUUUCUACAUGAACAUGCUCAAGAUACAGAAGUGCAUUACAUUCAACCAAGUCAAAGGCAUAUUUGGUUUCACAGAUAGCGAUUGUAUCGGUAAAAUCAGUUUCCCAGCCAUCCAGGCCGCGCCGUCCUUCUGUAAUUCCUUCCCCCAAAUCUUCGGCAACAAGAAAGACAUCCCUUGCCUCAUACCCUGUGCAAUUGAUCAAGAUCCUUAUUUCCGGAUGACCCGGGACGUGGCACCCCGUCUCGGCUACCCAAAGCCUGCACUAAUCCACUCAACGUUCUUCCCAGCGUUACAAGGGGCUCAGACUAAGAUGAGCGCCAGUGAUCCCAACACCUCCAUAUACCUGACAGACACACCCAAGCAAAUUAAGAACAAGGUAAACAAGUAUGCCUUCUCAGGGGGCGGAGCUUCAGUAGAAGAGCAUCGCGAGAAGGGAGGCAACUGUGACGUUGACAUUUCCUAUCAGUAUCUGACAUUCCUCAUGGAAGAUGACGAACGUCUAGAACAGAUCAGACAGGAUUACACCAGUGGCAAGCUACUAACGGGCGAACUGAAGAAGGAAUUGAUCGUUAUACUGCAGAAACUCAUAGGUGAUAUUCAGGAAAAUAGGAAAAAAGUCACCGAUGAUGUAGUCAAGGACUUCAUGCGAGUACGGAAACUCAAAUACAACUAUUAAUGUAGGAUUGUUUGAAAAAACAAUGACUUGUUAUAAAUUAAAACAAAAUUAUUCUGCUGUAAAACAGUGCUUGGAGUGGUUUGGCAUCAGUCAUACGCAAUGUCCAAUUUUUAAAACCAUUUUGUUGCUUUUUUUUCACACACUCUUUUUUGUUUUUUUGUUUGGGUAAAGUGGUGUUGUAAUUGUUUCUUGUCAUUAUCUCUAAAAACUAGCUUUUUGCAAGUGUUUUGGUAAUGGCAAUAUCUGUCCAAUCUGUUCCCCUGUAGGUAUGGGCUUACCUGUUGGAGAACAGAGGUCUUAUUGAAGUAAAGUGUCUUGCCAAAGAACAUAAUGAUUUGCUCAUUGUCUGAAGACUUGCUGAUAAAAUGCAUGAGUACAGUAUUACUAUGCAAAAUACUAGGUCAUAGUGCAGUGAUGUGGGGGGGGGGGGGAGGGGGUGUGCAUGGUUAACAGGUUUAAUCGAAAUUGGGCCGUUCUGUUCCGUGUAUUGUAAACAAUUUCUAGUCGAAAUAAGCUCGCUGGAAAAAAACAUGUUUACAACCUAAAUGUUUUUGUCUUUCUUAUAAAAUAAGUAAACUCUCAUUGCAAGGACAGUCAUUAUGUUGUGACAUGCUUCGCCAUAAGAUCUCGUCCUGAUAUGAUGCAGCACUCCGUAUACAAAUUAUGAAUGACCAUUUAUCAUAACGAGGACAUGCAGAGCACACUAAAAAUAAGAUUACAAUUAAUCCAAGUGGGAUUUUGGCACUUAAAUUUGCCGAAGUGAUAACUGGGAAAAAUACAAUGAUUCCAUUUGAAUGUUUUUGCAAAAACAGUGGAGAAUUAGAUUUGCAUAAUUUUUAGCUACUUAAAUCUUUGAAAGCUUCAAUUACUAUAUAUUUUUUCUGGUACUUUUUAUCAUGGAAAAUUGUUGUGAGCAGUUAAUUUCUUGUGUUACGAAAGGGUCCAUAUUCAGCUAUCUCAUACUUACAUAAUGUUUUGUAACAUUGUAAAGAAAACAUAUUAAAGUAAAAGAGUGGAUGAGGAAAAUGAACAAAUAGAUUGAGACCAGGCCAAGGCAUUUAUUGAGCAUAGAAAGCUGUCUCCUAACUUUGGAUUUAAUUGUCAUCUUUUUUUCUUCUCCAUCUUAUUUUAAAAAGAACUUAAAAAUAUACUAUAUAUUGUUCAAAUUUUGUGGCAUAUCUCCAUGUGAAAAUGACUUGUGAAUAAAAAAAUUCAAAUAUUAACCAU